UAACCUGCGUCAUCUUUUCGAACGCGCCUCAAUAUAGAGCUGUUCGAUUUACUUGAAAAAAUCGAUUCUAAAUCGAAUCUUGAGAACAAGCAGAUAAUCGAUUGAAAAGAUCGAUCUUUUAACUUAAAAAAUCGGUCUUCCGAAGAAUCGAAUCGGACUCGAACAUCUUUAAUUCCAAUAGGCGUCAAUGGGCGUUGUCUAUUAAAAUUUGUGUGUAUAGCGUUUGUUAGACAUCGUUCGUUCAAAAUGCGGAUAGACUACGUGUUUUCAAUAUUCCUGAUAUUUAUCUGCACUCGUAUCAAUGGGUUGAAUACGAAUAAUACAGUGACAUGGUGUACCGUUUCUGAUGACGAACAAAACAAAUGCGCAGCUUUCUCGAAUGCAGUUGCUCGUGAUGUUACUUUCUUUGGAAAAAGCUAUUUUACAGUAAAAUGUAAACAAGCUUUUAACAAAGAAGAAUGUAUGUCGAUGCUGGAUCAAGAAAAAGCUGAAAUGACGACAUUAGAUGCCGGAGAAGUAUUUAUAGCAGGUCGUUAUCAUAGUUUGGUACCGAUCAUGCAAGAAAUAUAUGAAAGUGGCGUUAAUUAUCAAUAUACCGUCGCUGUUGUUAAGAAAGGAUCUUUACCAGAUGUACAGGCGUUAGAAAAUCUUAGAGGAAAAAAAGCAUGUUUUGCAGGAGUUGGUACUUUAGCUAGUUGGAUUAUUCCUAUUCAUACGUUAAUGAAGCAAGGUGGAAUGGAAAUCAUUGAUUGUAAUAAUCACGUAAAAUCUACAAUUAAAUACUUUGGCCCAAGUUGUGCGGUAAAUUCGUUGAUAGAUAAAUAUAAUCCCUUAGGCGAUAACUCUGAUCAGUUAUGCAAACUUUGUAUCGGAAAACCACCAACUGGUAAAUGUACAAAUGCGGAUCCUUACGCAGGAUAUGAGGGUGCUUUUCGUUGCUUAGUAAAUGCCGGAGAAAUUGCAUUUUUAGUGCAUACUACCGUACAAGAAAUGACAUCAUCUACGUUUGAAUUCAAUAAUAUUACAAAAGAUCAAUUCGAAUUAUUAUGUAAGGAUGGAACUCGAAAAUCAGUAAAUGAAUAUAAGACUUGUAAUUGGGGUACUGUUCCUUCUCGUGCAAUAGUAACGUCUUCGGCAACGAAAAUUGAAAUUCGCAGAUUAUAUCAAAAAUUUCUUGAAAGAGCGGUUAAAGUAUUAAAUAGAAAAAAUAAUUUUACCGAUAUUUAUAAUAAUCGUUUUGAUAAUCGACAAGGUAAUUUUGAAAACAGACCAGGAUAUGAAGAUAGAUACAGAGAAAAAGAUUUUAGAUAUAACAAUCGAAAUGAAUAUAAUACGGAUAAUCGUAAUGAAUAUGAUAGAGGUUUCGAUGACGGCUAUGCAAAGUCGAAUUCUUGGGACAGAGAAUACAAUGAUACGUAUAACAAUUAUUCACCUAACGAUUAUUCUGAAACUACAAAUAUUCAACCAAUCGAAACAUUUGAUUUAUUCGAAUCGGCUCCAAAAUAUGGCCUUCAUCAUAAUUUAAUGUUUUCGGAUUCUGCUCAAGAUUUUGUAUCAUUGCUUGAAAAAGAUCAAACGUAUACGGGAUAUUUAGGUAGAUCGUUAGAUUCUAUUCUAGGAGUACGUCAAUGUCCUGUGAAUAGAAUGACGAUGUGCGUUACAUCCGAUCCUGAAAUGGAAAAAUGUAUAAAGAUGAAGAUAGCUUUGAAAGCCCAACUUUUGAAACCAGAAUUAUUGUGUCAUAAGGGACACAGUCAAAUAAAUUGUAUGCAAGCGGUACAGAAUGGAAUCGCCGAUGUGACAGUUUUAGAUGCUAGCGAUGUAUACACCGCUGGCUUGCGUUUCGAAUUGAUUCCUUUCAUAUCCGAAGUAUAUAAUCUUGGUACACCAGAUUAUUACGUUGUUGCUGUUGCGAAGGAGGAAGACGACAAUACAGAUUUAACGUAUCUUAAAAACAAAUAUACGUGUCAUACUGGAAUUAAUACUGCAGCAGGAUGGGUCUAUCCAUUGGCGUACCUUCUUUCAAAUCAAUGGAUUCGAGGUUACGGUUGCAAUUCCGUACGCGCAGCUGCCGAAUAUUUUACGAAAUCGUGCGUUCCAGGUGCAUUAAGUUCCGAAUAUAAUACAGGCGUACCGUACGAUAAUAUGUGCGACUUGUGUCACGGACCUAGUUACAGAUACUGUCGGAGAGAUGCUUCCGAAGAUUAUUUUGGACAUACCGGUGCUUUUAGAUGUUUGGUUGAAGGAGGUGGUGACGUAGCAUUCGUUAAGCAUACAACAGUUGCCGAAAACACCGAUGGUAAAAGAAGAGAAUUUUGGGCACGUAAUACAUUCACUAAAGAUUUUGAAUUACUAUGUCCCGAUGGUACUCGUCGGCCAAGUACUGAUUACGAACAUUGUAACUUAGGAAAAGUUGCAGCUAAUGCGAUAGUCACUCGUGGUGGUUAUUACGGUUACAACGAGACGCAAAUUAAUGCAUAUAUAAAUCUCUUUAUUUAUGCACAACAAUUGUAUGGUAGAAAGGAUCCAGAUGAGUUUAGUUUUAGUAUGUUUUACAGCGUUCCACCUUAUAGCGAUCUUAUUUUCCAAGACGCAACGCAACAAUUGAUAGUCAUUCCACCAGAGAAAAGACAAUUUAGCGCAUAUCUUGGUCCAGAUUUUAUGAGAGCUCGAAGAAUCGUAGAUUGCAAUGCUGGAGCGGCUGCUUUAGAGCAUUCUAUAAUAGCUGCUUUAAUCAUGCUUGCUUUAACUUACGUACUUGCUAGAUAAAAGAUCUGAAUUUGUAAUAUAAUUUUUAUUUACGAUUACGGUAUUCAAUCUCGUAUCUUCCGGAAGUAUAUUUAAAUAUUACGUGUUCACCGCUCACAAUCUCUCGUGUGUAUUAUUUUACAUACGCGUGAAAAGUACAAGUGACUGUUAGUCAUCGCGUAGGAUGUCUAUUUUUAGAUUUUAUAAUUCUUUUCUACCAUAGGUUAUAUAAUUAAUAAUUAUAAAAUAGUCGAUAUCGAUUAUUAUACGAAGCAAAUACGAUCCGUCCAUUUUCAAAAAAAAGUUAUAUAUAUAUAUAUAUAUAUAUAGAUAUAAAUAUAGGUAUUAUAUAUAUUAUAGUAUACAUAUGUAUAUAUAUUUUCUAAGAUCACAUGCUUACGAAAAUCGUCCGUUUACGACACAUCGACAUUUUUUAUAACAUUAUCUUUUAAUACAUUACCUAUCAAUAUAAAUAGGUAUUAAUAUUUAAAAUGAACACGAAACGAAGAGAAACUAUUUCGAUUGUCGAAAGAAACGAAGCCGUCCAUUUCGAUUCUCAAACGAUUUUUAUUUAUUUUAUUUUUAGAUAAGUAUAAUAUAUUUUCAUAAAAAGUGUCAUUCUUAAAAAGAACGAUACGAUAUAUUUUUUAAAUGAAAAAGCAAAGAAAAAAUAAAGGAAAAAUAUUCCAACCCCCUUUAGAACAGGUUUGAUCGAAAUAAAUUAAGAUUGCUAUGGUAAAGGGAUUAAUUGGUUUUAACGAAGCCGAUAUUGUUGAGUAAUAGGAAACAGCGACUGUGUUCUUCGUGAUCGAAGCAAUUAUCGUCGAGGAUAUUAUUCAAAUUGCAUUUCUCAACGAUCACUGCCCAUCGGUGAAGCUUCGGGAUCGCUGGGUAAUAUCCGCUGCCCGUCUUGUUCAGGAUAUUACUUAAGACUCGUGAUAGAUACUAACUGUGCCGUGCGAAAAUACAAAUCGGCAAUAAUCAAUCAACGAGUCUAUUUAACUUCAUUUUUUUGUAAACUAACGUUAAACAACGUAAAAUUAUCACGAUUUAAAUAAAAGUUCUAUGAAAAUACGACGCCUAUGUUUCAUAAUAAACGACGAUCGUGCUAUGGACGAAAAUAUAUAAAUAAUGCAUCA